GCCGCGGCCGGUCCGUCACACACGGAGGGAGGGGAGAGGCGGGGCGGAAGCCAUCCCCCAGCGAGCCCCGGAGGCCGGACCCUUCUCCGAAGCCGGUUCCUGAACAUCUCGUUUCCCUGCGGAGCGUCCGUACCCGAUCUGCCUGAUGCUCACGCUCCUUUAUUCUGAAUCAGACAAAGGUGAAUAAAUUGUCUGGGAACUGCAUGAAGUAAUGACCUGCAUAACCAUAGGUACAUUGCAGUGAAGAAUGUGAUACUUUGAUUUGAAGGUGUAGACAGCCUCACCAGAAGUAAAGGUGCACUGAUGCGGCUGCGCCCUGCAGGCAGGACUCUGCCAAACCCCUCGUUCUUCCCCAGCUGCUGCCCCUGGAGGUUACUGGACCUGCGCUGCGUUCAGCUAUGAAAUUUCUGUUGGUUUUUGAUUUUGACCAUACAAUCAUAGAUGAAAAUAGUGACACCUGGAUUGUGAAAUGUGCUCCUGAAAGAAAACUUCCUAAUGGAUUAAGAAACUCUUACCAACCAGGACAUUGGACAGAAUAUAUGGGCAGAGUCUUUGUCUACUUGGGAGACAAUGGUGUCAAAGAAGAUGAGAUGAAAAGAACUAUGACAACAAUUCCUUUCACUGCGGGAAUGAUAGAUCUUCUGGGAUUUAUUGGCGAGAACAAGGAGUUGUUUGAUUGUAUAAUUGUUUCAGAUUCUAAUACAGUAUUUAUUGACUGGAUUUUGAAAGCUGCUGACUUCUAUAAAGUGUUUGAUGAAGUGUUUACAAACCCUGCAGCAUUCAGCAGUACUGGCUAUCUUACUGUACAGCACUUCCAUGCUCACCAUUGUGCAAAGUGCCCUAAAAACCUUUGCAAAAGGAAAGUUUUAAAAGAAUUUCUAGAUAAACAGUUGGAGCGAGGAGUGAGUUAUACACAAGUUAUAUAUAUAGGUGAUGGUGGGAAUGACUUAUGUCCAGUAAUGUUUUUGAAGAAGAAUGAUAUUGCUAUGCCCAGGCAGGGGUAUACCUUGGAGAAAAGGAUUUCUCAACUGGCCCAAAGUCUCAGUCCUGUACAGUGUUCUGUUCUGGUUUGGUCAUCUGCAAUCGACAUUAUGUCUUACCUGAAAUUACUUAUAAAGGAAUGAUUCAAAUGAUAAAAGGAAGCUGAUGCAGUUACAUUUUAACUUACUGGGAGAGAAAAACUGUGUGUGUAUAAAAGCUCAAAAUUGUAAAAUUGGACUAUUAUCUGAAAUUAUGGGGUUUUCAACCACAACAUGAAACUGUUUAUGUUCAAACCUAGUGAUAAUGGGAAAGUGCAGUAAAAACGGCCUUCUAACAUAGUACAGAUUCCAACAUAAGUGGAGAAGGGGUGUUGGGACAGGACUUGUCAUUAGUUUUUGGCUACUCCCUCCCCUCCAACCCUUUACAAGUAUAUAGCUGAUAUAUACUUGCAAUCUCACACACUUAGGGGAAGGAGUAGGAUUGCUGUUCAAAAGAAUGAAAUUCUUUAUUAGAAAACAUUAGGCCCCAGGAGCAUGGUUCUAGAGCUGCUGGCUUUUAUACUACUUUGAUCUGGUUGGCAAAUUAUUUGCUUGUAAUCCUGUUUAAUCCAAAGAUGCAUUUAUAUUUUCAAUCGAUUAUUUUACCAAACAAAAUUACUUUUUAAUACUUUGUAUUACCUUGUAUUGUAAAGACAAUAAAAGUUGCUGUCACUGACAAA